AUGCUUUCCGAUUCUCCGACGAUUUCCAGGUUCUCCAUUCACUCCGACCACCACCAUCUCCACCGUUGCAGCUACAACCACCACUCUCAAUCUCAUUCUCCGCCGUCACCGCCGCCACCGUCUCAUCUACGAAAGAUCCAAAUCCUACGCCUCCGUCGUAAUUUCCAAAUCUCCGCCAUAGACGCAGCUCAACCCUUCUACUACGAAUCCAAAAUAUCCGACUGCAUCGCCAAAUCCAAAACACUAAAAAUUGCCAUUGUAGGCUUCGGCAUCUUUGGCCAAUUCCUUGCGAAAACCCUAGUUCGUCAAGGCCACAACGUCCUUGCACACUCCCGCACCGAUUACUCCGCUGUGGCAACAGAGCUUGGCGUCUCUUUCUACUCUAACGCCGACGACCUCUGCGAAGAACACCCCGAGGUAAUCCUCCUCUGCACAUCAAUCCUUUCAACCGACAAAGUACUCCGCUCAUUGCCAUUACAAAGGUUGAAACGAAGCACAUUAUUCGUAGAUGUUUUAUCYGUUAAAGAAUUCGCUAAAGAUUUGUUCUUGCAAAUAUUGCCAUCAGAUUUCGAUAUUCUUUGUACCCAUCCGAUGUUUGGGCCUGAAAGUGGUAAAAACAUUUGGAAAAAUCUUCCAUUUGUGUAUGAUAAAGUUAGAAUUGGGCAUGAUGAAGCUAGGGUUUCGCGUUGCCAAAAAUUUAUUGAUGCUUUUGCCAAAGAAGGGUGCAUAAUGAAGGAGAUGACUUGUGCUGAGCAUGAUCAGCAUGCAGCUGAAUCUCAAUUCAUAACCCAUACAGUUGGGAGGAUCUUGGAGAAGUUGGAUUUGUGUAGUACUCCAAUUAACACUAAAGGGUAUGAGAAAUUGUUGGAUUUGGUGGAUAAUACAUCAAGUGAUAGCUUUGAGUUGUAUUAUGGGUUGUUUAUGUACAAUAAGAAUGCAAUGGAGCAGUUGGAAAGGUUGGAUUUGGCUUUCGAAUCGUUGAAGAAAGAGUUGUUUGGUCAUUUGCACGUGGUUUUGAGGAAGCAAUUGGUUGGCUCGGGAGGUCGGCAUUUGGGCUUUUCGCACGAAGCACCAGUCUUGUCGAAGUUGCCUCGUAAUGGGAAUGGGAAUAAGUUGUCUCUUAAUGGGAAUGAGAAUGGGAAUGGAUAA